UGAGUUUGAUUUUGCUUCAUCUUUUUUUUCCUAUUACUUUCUGCUUCUUUUGCAGAACUUUGUUCAGUUGUUCAUGUAACUGUUAUUGGCGAGCAUGAGUUUUAUUAGUCAAACAUUUAAAGUUUUUAAACAUCGAACUAUAAUUGUUGAAUCUAAUUUGUGUUUGUCAACCUUUCACUCAAACAUUACUGUUUGUGUUUCCCUUAAACCUAAACCUAGCCUUUCUCUUAGGUCAACACCAACAACCUGAUGGAUUAUCUUUGGUUUUAAUAUUAAUCUGUUAAUGAUUGACGUUGUAAUUGUUGUACUUUGUUAACAUGUCAAUAUCUUGUUUUAUUGAACAAAUUGUUUCACCCUUGACUAAAGGAAACAAAAAACCGUUUAUUUAAAGGCUAAUUAAAGGCUAACAAAGUCUUUACACGUUAUCAAGCAAAAUUGAGAAACAAAACCAAAAACCAAAUCCAGUGAUGAUUAGUGACUCGGAUAGUGAUAAUAGUGCAUCAACUGAUGAUUCAGUCAACUUUAAUCAAUUUAAUCCCGAAAAAUGGUUACGCUAUUCAUCAUCAGUAUCAUUAUUAUACUGUCUAGCGUACACCAUUGUGUUUAUAUUGGGCAUUGUGGGUAACAGUGCGGUUGUCGCAGUCGUUUUUAGAUCGCCUCGGAUGAGAACAGUUACAAAUUAUUUCAUUGUUAAUCUUGCCCUGGCAGACAUACUUGUCUUACUAUUUUGCCUUCCUCCAACUUUACUUGGACACCUUUUUAUCCCCUGGAUUUUGGGACUUUUCAUGUGUAAAGCCGUUUCUUACUUACAAGGAGUUGCUGUGAGUGCCAGUAUCAAUACACUUGUGGCAGUUUCAGUUGAUAGGUUUUUGGCAAUUUGUUAUCCGUUAAAGUGUCAAAUGUCACGUAAAUGUGCUCGACGAAUGAUAAUCAUAAUUUGGCUUUUCUCACUGGCAAUUGCCUUUCCCUGGGCUCUUUACUUUACCCUGCAUCCAAUCCCCGAGACUCAUUCAGAAAUGAUGCUUUGCAUUGAGAGUUGGCCUGACGAGUUAUCGGAACGCUUAUACUUUUUAACGGCAAACCUUUUACUUUGCUAUUUGAUACCAUUAACCGUGAUUACCUGUUGUUACAUUGCCAUUUGGUUAAAAGUUUGGAGGCGUCAUAUUCCAGGUGAAAAGGGUAUCAAAACAGGUAAAAAUUUAAACACCCAAAUGGACCUGGUAAUGCAAAGGUCAAAGUUAAAGGUGGCCAAAAUGAUGAUUGUGGUUGUUGUAAUAUUUGUCAUCUCGUGGCUUCCCUUGUACAUAAUAUUUGCCCGUCUCAAGUUGGGCGGUGUGAUUGAAGAAAAUUCAAUUGAAGAGAAAAUAUUCAUGACUAUGACUCCUAUAGCUCAGUGGUUGGGCGCCUCAAAUAGUUGUAUAAAUCCAAUUCUGUACGCUUUCUUUCACAAAAAGUAUCGCAAAGGGUUUGCAGCGAUUGUCAAGUCGCGUAAAUGUUGUGGAGCUGUUCGCUAUGAAAGUUCAAUAUCAACAUAUUACAAUAGGAAUACAACUCAACGUUCAACCCGUUACACUGCUCGAGUAGACACUCAAUGUGAGUACAUCAAUUCAAUCGCCACCAUGAGAUAAUGACGGCAUCCAGUCAACUAGUCAAACAUUCACCAAAGAGAAUAGAAUCGGAGCAGCCGAAAAAGAAGAAUCAAGAGCUCUUUUCAUACAGUUUUCAUGAAUUGCCUGAGUUUCAGUGUUGAACAGUGAAAAAACAAUGCAAUUCCCAGCAGAAUUUUCAAGAAGCGAAUUGAUUGUACACUAAAAGUGCCAAAGAUUGAACAAGGUUUUCUUUUGUUAAUUUAUUACCAAAUCAAUCCCUAAAGAUAUUUUAUAACUGUUAAUCAACCUGUAAUUGUGAUCAUUAUUUUUGACCAGAAAACUCAAAGUUAACUGAAAAUCCCUCCUAAACUCCUACAGUUUAAAGGAUCCCAAAAGCAGAACCAAAAAAGAGCAUAAAUGAUGAAUAUAUCUCAAAGUCAAAGUUAUUAUUGUACAUUUAAAAUGUUAACGAUUGAAUCAAAGAUGGCCACAGUCUUGAGUAAUGAUUACGCUUGUACUUUAAUUGUAAAUCCAGGCGAUUUAAUCAUAUCCAAGUGUGUUGAUAAAUCAUAAUCAUAACACUUUUAAUUGUGAAUCAACAUAAAACAUUGUUUCAAACCCAAUAUUAACAACGAGAAAAGCAAAAUAUCAAAACUUUCAAUUGUAAAAUUGUAUAAAGAAUGCAAAUUUAAGCAAAACCGACAAUUGAUUUUAUUUGAGAAACCAUUUUGUUUGUUUCUUCGAUUCUCCAUCCAAAUGUAAUAAACUGAACUCUUCAUUUUCAUCCAUUUUUCAUUAAUCAACAGAUGAUACUGAUCAUGAACUUCAACUGUUAUUUGAUAAGCAAACCCCAAAAAACUGAAUCAAUGUUUUGCUUCCUUUUGUAACCAGAAAGAUUGAGAAAGAUUGUAAUUGUAAAAAUGAAAAGUUAAU